AUGGCAACAACCUACGGCGGCGGCGUCCCUCUCUCCUACGUAACCCCCGAAUUCCCCGCGCUGUACUGGCCCGUCCACGCCAACCCGGGGGAGGCUCAGUACCUCUAUUUCCUGGCCGACAUCUACCGCUACACGCUGUACUGGACGCUCAUCACCAUGGUCGCCGCGCACAGCUGCGUCGCCACCUGGGCCGUGCUCAUGCAGUUUUCCUCGGCCAACCAGCGCCGCAAGUACCUCAACUCCCCCGCGGGCAGGCUGCUCAGUAGCAAGAACAGGAAGUUGUUGGGUGACAAUCCCAUCGGCGAGACGUUGAGUUGGGUCUGGAUCGUGCCCAUCGUGUACGUUGUCAUUGGGGCGAGCGAGGCGUUGUUGGCGGGCAGCUUGGUGGGACUGGUCUUGGGUGCGAUUUACAAUGCUGGUUAUUUUGGCAUGAGUACCUGGACGCCGUUGUUGUGGGGAGUGAUCAAUAUGCUUGUGUUGGUCGUGAGCAGUUUCAGAAUCCAGGGUGGACUAUGA